UGUUGUUGCACCAUCACAAUAUCGAUCCAUGUUCAAUCUUUGCUUGAAUGGGAUAUCAAAUGUGCAAAUAUUUUAGUGGAUGCUUAUGGAUCUGCAAAGCUUGCAGAUUUUGGAUUGGCAAAGAUAAUCACCAAAAUGAAUGAAAUUCAAUCUUUGCAGGGGACUGCAUUCUGGAUGGCCCCUGAGGUUUUUAGUGCAAAAAUGAAGAACCAAGGUUAUGGGCCUCCAGCAGAUAUAUGGAGCCUUGGUUGCACUGUGUUGGAGAUGUUAACAAGGCAGGUUCCCUACCCUGGUUUGGAACCGUUUCAGGCAUUUUUUAAGAUUGCAAUGGGGGAGCUCCCUCACGUUCCUCAUUUUCUUUGUAAGGAGGCGCGAGAUUCAUCCAUCAGUGUCUACAAGUUAAUCCAAAGAAUCGACACACUGCUGCUCAGCUCUUAUGUCAUCCAUUUGUCACGCUGGGCCUAUCAAACUACCCCAUGUGUUCGAUGGUCUUUGUAUGAUGAAGGGAAAAGAACUGUAUGCAAGAGGAUACUUUGAUGGGACUAUUAGUCAUUUAGAUUAACUGAGCUGUUAAGAGGCAGGAUAUUCAUACAGAUUUGUCAAGAAUUCGAGCAAAUUGCCCAAAGAGUUUGUAAAGAAAUAGAUCCUAGUCCCUUAUACUCCUGUCAUAAACUCAAGUGAAUGCACAUAACUCUAUUCACAAUGUUGUGUGCAUAUUGAACUAUUAUCGAGGGAGAAUAGUUUCACAGUUGACUUCAAUCUUUCUGAAAGAGUCAAUACUUUAUCUAAAUGAAAGGCAACUAGUGCAUCAGAAGUUGAGAAUAAGUUAGACAUAAGAAUCCAUUUUCUGACAUUUUCCUUACAUCUGAUGCCUCAAUCGUCUCUCCUUAUGGAUCUCACAGAUCACAGAAGAAAACAUCUGUAGCGUGAUUGUGGUGAAGCUUAAUCGU